AUGUCUCCCUCAGAGCAUCCUAGACCAAGCUAUAGUGGUUCGAAUAACAGCAAUACCAGAGUGUACAAAGAUGACAAUAAACGGUCACGAAAAUACAUGCCGUCUCAUCACAGCAAAUACAAUGGUCAUCACCAGUAUCAAUCCACAACUCCUCCAUAUGGCCAGAAUAACAACAUAAACCCAUUUUCUUCAAGGCGACAAGAACCGCCAGGUUCAUUGCCAGGUGCUUUGAACAGCGCCCAAGGCUCUGUGAGCGGUAAUGGAGACUCAUAUAGCUCAUAUCGCUCGAGCAAUAGCCAUGACUCAGGGUUCGGGCGAAAUUCGUUUUCAUCAGGAGGGCCAAGACGGAGCAUGGGGUAUCGACCUUCUCGAGGACACCAUAAUACUGGCACUUCUAAUGGCCGUGGAGGUAGCUCAUCGUCGCAUUAUUUCAGAUCAUACAGUAGUGAUGGCAACCCAGGUGGUUCAAAUGGAAGGUUUUCAACUAGUUACUACGGCAGGGAACAUUUUAGAAUGGAGGACUUCAGACAAAGCCCUGUCUCUGCGAAUGACGAUGGACAUUCUAGCGGAAGAUGGGGUUCAGGCGAUCGAGAUCGCAUCACUCCUCAGGAAGAUGAAUCCUCUAAAACCGGUGAUCUCGUAGGAGGGCUGAGCAACAAAGGUGGUGAUAUAAUACUCAGCAGGGAUUACAGAUACAACCGAGGAGGACUGCGUAAUUAUCGACCAUCAAGAGUACACUCCACUGGUGGGGGUUAUGCCCGAAGUCAUUAUAGGGACGAAUAUCGGUCAGAAUAUCGCGAAGAAGAUGACCGAGUCUGGAGUGAGCGCCAAAAAUAUCACAAUUUCAACCGACAAUAUGACUCUCUUUCUUUGGAGAGUUCACAAUCCCCAUUAAGAAGAGCGGACGCAGAAGAUAGGGUUCACAAAACAGGAAGUACACAGACUGAAUCAAAUGAAUAUCAUCAUAUGGGUACCACCAUAAAAGACUCUGAAACACAGACCAACAUAUCUAAGUCUCUUGAUCAAAGUGGUACUAUCGCUGGAGCAGCUCAGAGAAUGGCUGAGCGCGGAGAAACAGUCAAGGAGGGAUUGUUGGCAAAUGCUCAGGGUGGUCAAGAACUACCACAAGAUUAUACUCAGGUGAAAGAUGGAGCCAAACUGAGCCAUGAUGCGAAAGAAGGUAAUUCGGAAACAGAAGAGAUUACUGUCGAACGUGAUGUCGACAAGGACAUCAUUGAGAAAAGACUUCUUGGGGCAGAAUACGCCGGAUCAAGGCCAGAAAACAACGAUCAGAGGGCACCAACACAAGAGAUAAGCGAUAAUUUAGAAAAUCUGGAAGGAGAGCAAAAGGAAAACAAAGCGGGGGAGCAAGAGGAAAAGGAUGAAGAAAAUGAAUGGAGACAAGAAGAUCAGGCUGCACCUAAAGCCGAAGACAAACUGGAGAUGGAUUCACAAACCCCGGCUGUCCAAUCACAGGAAGAUGUCAGUCCUAUUCGAUCAGUCGGCAAAGAAGACAUUAACUCAAACGUUGUGGAAGCAAUAGCAGAAGCUACGAUAACCGUCAAUUCUGCGAAUGAGAUUGCGGAGAAAUGUUUAUUCCCAUUGCACAGGGUUGAAAGCAAGUUUUUUGAGCUCAAAAAAACUCCCAAGAUGGAGCGUCGAAAGUCCUUGAAGUACCUGCAGCCAAACAAACUUUCUGAUUUGCACCAAUACAACUUCUUCGAUUCAGCCUUUGUGAUUUUUAGACAGGCUGAUGGUCCUAACUUGCUGGAGAAAUCAUUCAAGCUGCAAAAUCUUCUGGCGCAGAGGAAAAAAGAUCUGACUGAGGAGUACAUAUACCGCAAGCAUUCAUGGGAACAGCGAGUCUCACUGAUGGAUGAGCAGUUGAGCAAAUUCUAUAAUGUUGGUGAACCGGAACUGAAACCACAAACCAGCGAAAGUUCAAAGACGGAGGUAACCGAUAAACCAUUGUCUGGUCGCCGUGGUCGUCAUCAUGGCGACACUGUCAGGACUGAAGCAGAAUUUCUGGAAAUUUUAGCGACCUUGGAAAAAGAACGUGAGAAGGAUCCUAUGGUAAGAGCUCAACAUGGGUGUGCCAAAAUUCCUGAUAUGAUAAUCGAUCCAGUUGAGCGAUACGCAACAGUUCACUUUUUGGAUUCAAAUAAUAUGGUGCGCAAUAAGUCACAGUGGGCCAGAAGGAUUGAAUUGGAUUCUCUGGAUACAUUCACACAGGCCGAGCAUGAGAAAUUCUGUGAAGCUUAUAGUUUGUGGCCCAAAAAGUUCGGACGUAUCUCCAGCUAUAUGGGUGGGCUAAGAACACCCGAGGAUUGCGUUCUACAUUAUUACAGGAUGAAGAAACAAGUGAAUUUCAAGCAAAUCGUGGCCAACAGGAAUCGGAAAGCAACAAGGAAAGCCUCCAGUACCAAAAGAAAGUCGAAAGACGGAAGAAUUAGGACUGGUACCCACACUCCUGAACCUUCAACAGCCGAUUCUCCGAACAUCAGUAUCGAAGGAACAUUAGGAGAACCAACUGAUGGGGAAGAGGAAACAGAUAUCAAUAAGAGAAGAUCGAGUACCUCCUCGUCUCCAUCAGAAAAGAAAAAACAGAAGACUGAAGAACCUUUGUCGUUAUCAGCUUCUUCAUUGAAUGAAACCAGCCACAAUAUUCCCGAAACAUCGCUGUCUGUGGAUGAUGGUGAGAAGGGCGAAAUGAACAAAAGGACAGCAGUCGCAGAACCAGUAGAAAGACCCAAAAAGAAAAGGGGCAGAAAGAAGUUGAAUCCUGAGGUGCCUUCAAGCGUUCAAAAGCUCGCGGAGACAAAAGAAAACGUCCCUGUGUUGCAAUCCUCCACUGGGGAUCCUUUGAAAGUUGCCCGUGAAAUGAACGAAGACUUUGACCAGAGACUGAAAGACAAAUCACCACUCAGUCAAAAUGACCAGGAGAGUCGGGGAAAUAUGUCUUCUGGUACAGAGGACAGCGAAAAGAAGAGGGAAAAACAGAAGGACAAAAGCCAUAUUACAAGCUAUUGGAGUGUGCAGGAAAUCAGUUUGUUCCCCGAUCUACUUCAGAAGUACGGAACUGACUGGGAAACAAUGUCGAGGCAUAUCACGACGAAAACUUCGACCAUGGUGAGAAACUAUUAUCAGCGAGGAUUGACCGAUAACGUUAGAUGGGAGGAGCUGGCUCGCGAAGCGGAUCUCAAGCGUACAAAAGAGAAAGAGUCGGAGAAAACAAAGACUAAAAGUGUGAGUGGUCCUCCGUUGGGAUUUUUCUAUGACAGAAGACCUUCUGCAUCGAAGUACUCAAUGGAUGAGCAAAAGCCUGCAUUUUCUGAACCCGCCUCUCAAAAGAAUCAGCUCCCUGCUUUACAUACCUACUACCCAUCGUCUUCCAGCGCAAGUGCACCUGCUGGGCCCGAAAGUUCCGUGAAUUUACCCCCAAGGCUACCUGUGGUAAGCCUUCCUGAGAAAAUCGAAGCUUCAGAAAAAAAAUCACCAUUGUUGCAGGUCCCAUUUCCUGCAAAUAACAAUCCAUUGUCCUCCCUAGUGGAGGCAGCAGGCUCUGUCCAAAAGGGUCUUGAUGCCAACUCAAAUCUUUUCAAGAUGAAUUCGUUGCUGAACACUGUAUUGCAGCCCCCAAAUCUAAGAAGUGCAACGCAGUCUCAUUUGCCACCAUUGACAUCGACGUCAUCGGUGUCUUCUUCUUCUCCAUACACACCUAAGUUGCGUUCGUCUAUCAGAAGUUUGCUAAAUGAUGAAAAAUCCGACUCCAAGCCGCAACAUGAAUAUCCCGCCACAAAAUUCAACAAUAUGAUAAAUCCUAAUGAUCGAGCGUCCGAGUCUUCGGACCAAACUGCUCAGACCACUACUGGGAUGAGUGCACUUGAUGCUUUAGCACAAGUGGCAUUUGAGAGAAAAUAG